CAAACAUUCGAGGCGACAAAAACAGAAUAAAAGUGGCCGCCAAACGAGCCGCUCUGUUACCCAUACAACCAACAAACCGAAAGAAAAAAAACACCCUUCAUUCUCAAUUGGGCUUAACAGCUUUGUCCUUUCUUGGGCUUUUAGCUUAAUGGACCAAGCACGGGCCGGUUCUCAAACUUGCCCACCACGGCAUUUUAAAUCUUGCGGGUGACGUGCCGCCGACUAGGAUCCCAAUUAGGCGAUAUGAGAAAAAAUCAGGCACUGGACGGCUCGGACGGAACUAAUCCGGACCGUCGAGAUAAAUCAAUCCAACGGCUGUAACAGAAAACCUAAUUCGACCCGAGGCUUUAGGUCUUGACCCUGAGCCUACUUAAACCGAAGUAAGAGGCUCCCUUCAUCGUCCUCUUUCGCUUGCUCUUUCACUCUCUGCCCUUUCGAUACUGCGACUGCGGGAGAGCACACCUCACUCACAACCAGAGCUCCCGUCUUCGUUCCAGGUUCGAUUCCUUCUCCCUUUAGCUCCUCGUCUUUCUUUGCAUGAUUUUUCUUAUCGCAAUUCUUGUUCUGUGUUAAAUCUGUUAGCUGCUAGAUUUCUCUGCAAUUUUUCUGUUUCUCGGUACGUUUUCGUCCGUUUAGGUAUCUCGUAAUUCGGAUCUCUAACUGCGCCGGUGGAUUUAGGGUUUCGAUCUGAUUGUAUGUUUCUCUUUUAUGUACAGAGGUGCUCUUAUGUUGAUUCGUUUUUUUCAAGUUUGUGUUAUGAGUUAGAUGUUUCUUUCUGGUUUAUGAAUCUCUGGUUUUAAACCUAAUAAAAUCUAUUAUCGGUGUGCUUGAAUCCAAAUCUUGCACCAUCUUCGGCAGUGGUUGUGAAGGAGAUGCGUGGAUUGGAUUUGCACACGGUUUUUCCGAGUCUAUUCAGUGGCUGUAGUUUAUCGGUAAAUCCCACACCUUGUUGUGGAGACCUGGGCUCGAAUCCCAGCAGCCACCUUGUUUAUCAAAUCUGUGUGUAUCAAUUGAAACCUACUUUCAGUAAUUAAGGAUCUACUGGACUGAAUUUUUACUACCCUUAGUCAAAAUAUUCGCUGGAAUUGAUGCUUUAGUAUGCUUGUUCUUAUUGACGCUCGAUGAUUCAGUUUGUAUCUUGGAUCCUGUCCUGCUAUUUUUACUUUGUGGUGUCUGUUAUAGGCUAAUUUGUUUUUGCUUUUGAUUGAUUGCAGCUGCUUUACCGAACUUCAGGAUGGGUAAGGAAAAGGUUCACAUUAAUAUCGUUGUCAUUGGCCAUGUCGACUCUGGGAAAUCGACAACUACUGGUCACUUGAUAUACAAGCUUGGAGGUAUUGACAAGCGUGUGAUCGAGAGGUUCGAGAAGGAAGCUGCUGAGAUGAACAAGAGGUCAUUCAAGUACGCCUGGGUGCUGGACAAGCUCAAGGCUGAGCGUGAGCGUGGUAUCACCAUUGAUAUUGCCCUCUGGAAGUUUGAGACCACCAAGUACUACUGCACAGUGAUUGAUGCCCCCGGACAUCGUGAUUUCAUUAAGAACAUGAUUACUGGUACCUCCCAGGCCGAUUGUGCUGUCCUCAUCAUCGACUCCACCACCGGUGGUUUUGAAGCUGGUAUCUCCAAGGAUGGCCAGACCCGUGAGCAUGCUCUUCUUGCUUUCACCCUUGGUGUCAAGCAAAUGAUCUGCUGCUGCAACAAGAUGGAUGCCACCACCCCCAAGUACUCAAAGGCCAGGUACGAUGAAAUUGUGAAGGAAGUUUCUUCCUACUUGAAGAAGGUUGGGUACAACCCUGACAAGGUCCCAUUCGUCCCAAUCUCUGGGUUUGAGGGCGACAACAUGAUUGAGAGGUCCACCAACCUUGACUGGUACAAGGGCCCAACUCUUCUUGAAGCUCUUGACAACAUCAACGAGCCCAAGAGGCCCACAGACAAGCCCCUCCGUCUCCCACUUCAGGAUGUGUACAAGAUUGGUGGCAUUGGAACUGUGCCAGUGGGCAGGGUUGAGACUGGUGUCAUCAAGCCCGGUAUGCUCGUCACUUUCGGUCCAACUGGUCUGACCACUGAGGUCAAGUCUGUUGAGAUGCACCAUGAAGCUCUCCAGGAGGCACUCCCUGGUGACAAUGUUGGGUUCAAUGUGAAGAAUGUUGCAGUGAAGGAUCUCAAGCGUGGGUUUGUUGCCUCCAACUCCAAGGAUGACCCUGCCAAGGAAGCUGCCAACUUCACCUCCCAGGUGAUCAUCAUGAACCACCCUGGCCAGAUUGGAAAUGGAUAUGCCCCAGUGCUGGAUUGCCACACCUCCCACAUUGCUGUCAAGUUCUCUGAGAUCUUGACCAAGAUUGACAGGCGAUCUGGCAAGGAGAUCGAGAAGGAGCCCAAGUUUUUGAAGAAUGGUGAUGCUGGGUUCGUGAAGAUGAUUCCCACCAAGCCCAUGGUUGUGGAGACCUUCUCCGAGUACCCACCUCUUGGGAGGUUUGCCGUGAGGGACAUGAGGCAGACUGUUGCCGUUGGUGUCAUCAAGGCUGUGGAGAAGAAGGAUCCAACUGGCGCCAAGGUCACCAAGGCUGCUGCCAAGAAGAAGUGAGGGGGUGUUUGCUGUGUUGCACUUUUCUUAGUAAUGUACUCUGUUUCUGUUAUGUUUCUAGACAGCUGAUUUCGUUUUCAAUUGGAUGUUAAGCAGUUUUGCGAACGAGUUAUGUGUUCGGAUUAUGGUUUUGUUUUAAUUAAGGCAUUUUCGGAUCUCAAUUGUGAUGGCUUCCAGAUUUGUGAUGAUAUGAUGUGCUAGUAGCUUCGCUAGAUGUUGAUACAAGUGUAGCAGGUGUGUUGAUUUGAUUACUGAUCAAAUACCCACAUUCCACACCAAUGCCAAUUAUCUAAUUUUUCUCUACCUGAAUUUUGCUUGGCUGCUGAAGCAUGUGGAGCACUCGGUUGAGGUUACUUGGUAAUACUCCUCGAAGAUUUGGUAAUUCCCAUUAUACCAAUUAUCUAAUUUUUCUCUACCUGAAUUUUGCUCAUUUCCCUUUUUUUCUUCUUCUCCUGCUCGAUAUUCUUCAACUCUCUCUUGCCCUAAUUUUAUACAAACUGAAAAGCCCUUGCAAAAUAAAUAUCCGUUCGCAAUGUUUCGAUUUGAGCUAUCGUAAAUUGAAUGGUUUGACUGCUUAAUUGGAAUCAAUUCUUCUGAUUCCCAGUAUUGGGUAAAGUUAACUUAUUAGAUGUAUAUUUAAAAUUGUGAAAUUGCUUGUUUCGUAUACAACAAGGGUCCAUUUUUUUUUUUUUUUUGUAAUAUGCCAAAGGAUCUCUCUACAUCUUUGUGGUAAGCCUCUUGGUAGUACUAAUUCUUUUUCUUGUUACUUGAAUUGCCAAUAGUCUUCACAAUUGUCGCCCACUCAGGAUAAGUUCUAUCAUCCAAGUAAUACCAUUUACCGUAUGUCUUACCAUUUUCCUCAACUCACAUUGAGACCGUUCUCGUUCUCGUAGGAUUUGAUCGAAUAUUGGGGAUAAUCCUAGAGUAUUGAUGUCGUUGUUCGAUAUAGGUGUUGCGAAGAAGGUAUGUUAGAUCCAUGUGUCGUACGAUGUUACAACUUGAAAGAAUAUGGUUGUUUCUUCUUGUGCACAUUGUAUUGGCCAGUCCACCCAUUGACAGUUCUUUUACUCACAGUCAUGCAAUCAAUAGAACCAAUCAUGGCCAGGAAUUCACGUUGUGCAGCAUGAUGAAGGACGUGUCGAGUAUCUUCCAUUGGUUGUGCACGAAUGUAUUGGGAACCACAAAUGUUCAUGAUAUUUGAUCAAAAUUUUCUCAAACACUCUAGUACAGUGCUUUAACCCGUUCGCAGGUCUCAUCCAAAGAGUUUGUCGGGCAUCCAUAUGCUAGCAUACGAAAAGUACUAGUAAGCUUCUACUGUUGGGAGAGAGAGUCACGACCUGAAGCAUCUUUCACUUGCUUGAAGUAGCAAUCGUAGUGAAUAAGAUCAUUCAUGACUCGAUUGAAUGAGGUAGGGGGCAUAUGAUAUCGUCUUGUGAAGGCCUAAGCAUCAUAUGUUGGGUUUGGGUUUGGUUUGGUCAGGAAUGUUCAAUUUUCCUAUAGGUUGGCCUGGCAGUGGGGUUUUAAUUUUUCCAAGUUAAUAUAGGUGACUAGACAUUUGUGUUAGCGCCACAUCAGCAAAACGCACUGUUAACGAAGGUUGACACAAAGUAAUGGAAAGUGACUGAACUUAACAAUUUAACUAUCUUAGUGACCACGAAGAAAAUAAAAUAUUAUUAGUAACCAAACUUUCAAUUUACCCAUAAUAUAUUUUUACUCAUUUC